UGCUUCUGGCAGCCUGAACAACAGGAGGAGCUGCGCACGCGGGACUUCCUCUUUCCUGUGCGGCCUCAGAGGUGUCUGAAAAUGGUCCGCUACUCUCUAGACCCCGAGAACCCCACGAAAUCGUGUAAGGCCAGGGGCUCCAACCUGCGGGUCCACUUCAAGAACACCCGGGAGACGGCUCAGGCCAUCAAAGGCAUGCACAUCCGCAAGGCCAACAAGUACCUGAGGGACGUCGUCGUCAAGCGACAGUGCGUCCCCUUCCGGCGCUACAACGGCGGCGUGGGCCGCUGCGCUCAGGCCAAGCAGUUUGACUGGACCCAGGGCCGCUGGCCCAAGAAGAGCGCCGAGUUCCUGCUGCACAUGCUGAAGAACGCCGAGAGCAACGCCGAGCUGAAGGGUUUGGACGUGGACUCGCUGGUCAUCGAGCACAUUCAGGUGAACAAAGCGCCCAAGAUGAGGCGGCGCACGUACCGCGCGCACGGCCGCAUCAACCCCUACAUGAGCUCGCCGUGCCACAUCGAGAUGAUCCUCACCGAGAAGGAGCAGAUCGUCCCCAAGCCGGAGGAGGAGGUGGCCCAGAAGAAGAAGGUGUCCCAGAAGAAGCUGAAGAAGCAGAAGCUGAUGGCCCGCGAGUGACUCUGAAUAAAGUUCUGCUCAAAGCACA